GCGGAGAGGACUGUGUACGUCACGAACGCAGCCGAGGUCAGCGGUUAACGGGCGGCUCGAGCAUGGAAUUCAAAUUUGAAUUCAACCUGGAGCCGCCAGAGCAGUGCGGGACUGGAGAGGCUGAGCCGGUUCAAGCGGACCCGGAGAGGAGGUCUGAGUCCGUGAAGGAACACCGGGUCCUUUGGGAGGAGCUGGAGAGGAUCCUGGAAGAUGGGAUAGUGGAGGAAGUGGAGGUGGGAGGGUGCGACCCGCUGUGCCUCAGGCACCUGAACGUCUGGGCUGUGGAGAGGGCGCUGAGCCUGCAGGACGGGGCUGAAGCCGGGGUCUCCGGGGCCAUCGCCCGCCGUUCUGACCUCGUGUCCGGUGUCUACGAGGGAGGCCUGAAGAUCUGGCAGUGCACCUUCGACCUGAUUGAGCACCUCUCCGGUGUCGACUUGGAGGGGCGGCGGGUCCUGGACCUGGGCUGCGGCGCGGGUCUCCUGGGCAUCGUCGCCCUCAGGAGGCGGGCGUCCGAGGUCCAUUUCCAGGACUACAACUCCUCGGUGAUCGAUGAGGUGACCCUGCCCAACGUGGCUCUGAACGAAGACGACGACGACGAGGAGGAGGAGGAGGAAGACCCGCCCGUGAAACGGCGGAAAGCCCAGGCCUCUCCGUCGCCCCGGCCGCUUUCCCGCUGCCGCUUCUUCUCGGGAGAUUGGUCCCGAUUUGGCGACGUCCACGGCGGCUCCAUCAAGUACGACGUUAUCCUGAGCUCGGAGACUCUGUAUAACCCAGACAGCUACGGAGACCUGCACGACACCUUGUCCAGCCUGCUCGCCCAGGAUGGGGUGGUCUACCUGGCCACCAAGUCCCAUUACUUUGGGGUGGGCGGCGGCAUCCACCUGUUCGAGAGCUUUGUCAAACAGAAAGAAGUCUUUUACUUUCAGACAGUAAAAGUGAUCGAUGAUGGGCUUCAGAGAUGCAUCGCGACCAUGUCCUUCAACAAGGCCCAAUGCUCCUGAAUCGUUCACUGCAAAAUUGAAAUGCUGUUUACGGGACCGCUGAAACCUGGCACUCGACUUUCCGGAAAUGAAUAUUGAGCCUUUUUUCUUUUUUAAAAAAAAAUCUCUAGGUGGAAUCCGUAGGGAAAUCGAUGAAAGCCUACUCUUUGAUGUAAAGUGUUGAAUCAUUGCGAAGUGACUUAAGUAUGCAACACUGGAAGAGUUCACAUAGCCUUGUAACAGGAUAUAGCUAUUAAUAUGAAUUAGUGGGAAUAACCUUAUGAUUUCAAGGACAAAUAACAAACAGUACCAUAGUAUUCAGGGCUAUUGGCCAAGAGCUGGAAAGUGGACUAGAAUAGAGAGGUGCACGAUGACUGAUACAGACAGAAUAAGCCAAAUGUUUCUUUUUUUUAAAUCUUGCACUGUAAAACCUGACUUUUUAAUCUGUUCCAAGUACUUUUGAAACAUUUAGCUGCUGUUGUUGACAGCUGUGAGUCAAACGUUUUGAUACUCUAACAAGUUCAAAUUUAACAUGAGCACUUUCUAAAAAGAAAACUCCCUCAAAAUGAGGGCAUUUGUUCCCCAUCCCAUUGGGCAGAUAAGAAUCAACUAUUUUGCAGUGAAUCUGGACUUGCAUGUAGUCAGACCAGGUAAGGACAUUCAGUGAAACAGGUGGGUUUUUUCAACAGUGGAUUCAUGGUCAUAACACUCUUAAUUCCAGAUUUUUCAUAUUGAAUUCACAUUACAUUAUCUGCCAUGGUGGGAUUUGAACCUGGGUCUCUGGAUUAACAGUCCAGCAAUAAUAUUGCUCGAACAUUGCCUCUGCUAAACGAGGAAAGAAACUUGGGCCUAUUUGGAAUUGUGUUGCAUUAUUGAAAUUAGACAGGAUGGUUACUAUCAGGCAUUACUAUUCUGCUGAUAAUUGUGCCAAAGUGCAAAUGACAUGUUUCAUGGGUCCUACUAGCUAAGGAUUAAAUGCUUAAUUUGUUUUAAACUAUAUUUGCCUUUUGAUCGUGUGCAGUAAAACAGAUUUUCUCAUUUUCAAGAUCUAGUUUCAAAAUUAACUUUUUAAAUCACAUUUUUUUAAGUAGUUCAAAUGACUUUUCCAUAUCUUUACUGCUAAACUUGGAACAGAAAAUAGUUGCAUUAUGAUUCUAACUGAGCUGUGAAGCUUAUCAACGGAUACAUUCAAGGCACUUAACAAACCUUCCAUCGUAGAUAGCGGUUCACCUGCAUGCCAGUCAACUUGGUCUUCUGUUGCUCCUGAUGUCACCUCCUCUACAUUGAUGAGAUCAAGUGUAGACUGAGACUGUGUGUGUGUUUUGUGGAGCACCUGCAUUCUGUACGUGACAAACGACAACAACCUUCUGGUUGCCAACCAUUUUAACUCUUUCCUCCCCCACUCCCUGGAUGACACAUCCAUCCUGGGCUGCCUCCACUGUCACAAUGAUACAACCUGUGAACUGGAGAAGCAGUAACUCAUUCUGCCUUGAGAACCUACAGCCUGAUAGCCUAAACAUGGAGCUCACCAGUUUUUAAAAUCUCCCCAUCUCUGGCCUCAUUUCUGUGCCCAACCGUUCCCCUCAUCCCUGCCUCCUUGACAUGACGCAACCUGUCCAUCAUCUCUCCCACAUCUGCCUCUCCCAUCCCGUUGACCAAUCCCCAACACUCCUUACCUGCAUUCACUAAUCACCAUCCCACCGACCUUCCCCAACCCCACCCAUUCUUAUUUAUUUCCUGACUCCCUUCCCUCCCUCUCCCCAUUUGGAGAAGCAUCCUGAUCUGAAACGUCAACUUUGCCGCUCCUCUAAUGCUGCCUGGCCUGCUGUUUUUCCAGGAUCAUGUUGUAUCUCUGACUGCAGGAUCUACAGUUCUUGCUAUCUUUCAAGGAACUAGCGUGUUUUUGUGCCUUGGCUAGGUUGUGAAGAUGUUGACUUAUUAAAGCAAUGUUUCCAGUUUCAUUUGUAUGAAACACAAAUUUAUUUGAAAUAUAGUAACUUUUGCCAGCAAAUGUAACUUGGGUCAAAAGAAUGUCUCUAGUUAAUGGCAUAGUCAUACAGCACAGAAACAGACCCUUUUGUUCCAACCAGUCUAUGCUGACCAUAAUCCCAAAGAAACAAGUCCUGCCUGCACUUGGCAUAUAUCCCUCCAAACAUUUCUUAAUCAUGUACUUACUUAAAUGUCUUAGACAUUGUAACUGUACCCGCAGUCAUCACUUCCUCUGGCGGUUUGUUCCAUACGAACUACUCUUUAAAUUUAAAAAAACCCUUCGUGUCUUUUUUAAUAACAAAAAUAUUUCUGCUCUCACCUUAAAUAUGCUGCCUAGUCUUGAAAUUUCCCAUCCUAGGGAAGAAAACACUUGUAAUUCAGAAUCUUUAUACCCACGUAUGAUUUUACAAACUUUAAUAGGGUCACCCUUCAACCAUCUAUGCUCCUGUGGAAAAGAGUCUUAGCCUCUCCUUAUAACUUAAACCUGCUGUUCCCAGCCAGCUCGGUGGGGUGUUUUUUUUUGAUUGCCAAUGUGCUGCUGCCAGCUGCCCUCCUGUGGGAGACCAGGGCCCUGGGAAUACCCCUGGGUGAUGGCAUGGGAAGAUGAGCCAGGACCUGUCACUUGAUGUCCAGCAUUGGAGGUGUGGAACUUGUGCAGCGUGACUGUCUCUAGCUUGGUGGUGGUGGAAGAGGGGCACAUUGCCAGGAUCCUGGGGAUGGUGUCAGAUGAUGGUGACUGGAAGAGCAGUGAGGGAAAGUUGAACUUAUGAAGUUGUUUCUGUUUUAAUAAUAUAAACUUUAAUUUAUUCAAUAUUUUACCAUUUAUACAAUUUUAUUUAGUAACUUAUUGUUUUAGAUGUUGGAAAAUGGUGACAUACUUUUCACAGUAUUUAGGUACAAGUAACAAAGUAUAUAAAGUCUACAUUCUGGUAAAUUUCUUCUGAAACCCCUUCAGUUUAAUAUUACAACAGUGGCCGGAACUGGGCGCAGUACUCCUGAAGAGGCCUCAACAUAACAUCCCAAAUCCUAAACUCAAAGGUCUGAGCAUUGAAUGCAAGUGUGCUAAAUGCCUUCUUCACCGCCCUAUUUAUAUGUGACGCAAACUUCACAGAAUUGUGUACCUGAGCCCCUAGGUCUCUGUUCUACAUCACUACCCAAGACCCUACUUUUAAUUGUUAAGUCCAACACUUGUUUGUUUUGCCGAAGUAGUUAAAUGGCUUCAGCUAAAUGUUCAUUUUAAUGGAAACAUCUAAAUCGGAAGUCUCGAACUCCUUGGUAAUGAAAUUUUGUGGUCUUCAAGCUGGUUUCAGGUGGCCUAGUAUGUAUUAUGAGAAAAGCCUAACCAGGUUGGAGCUCUACUUGAUGAACUUGAGAAGAAUAAGAUGUAUUCUCAUUGAAACGUAUAAUUCUUAAGGGGUUUGAAGGGUAAAUGCUGAGAGGAUGUUUCCUCUCAUUGGAGAGUCUAGGACCAAAAGGUGUAUAUAUAUAUAUCAAUAUAUGGAAGCCAAUUCAAGACUGAUGAGUUGAGUCUUUGGAAGUCCUUGACCCAAACACAGCUGUGGCUGCAGUUUUGAGUAUACUUUAGGGCUGUGAUGCAUAAAUUCUUAAUUAGGGGAAUGGGGGAUUAUGGGGAAAAGGCAGGAAAAUGGAUGAGGUGGAUCAGCCAUAAUGCUACUAAAUGGCAGAACAGGCUCGGGGGCCUCAUCGUAACUAAUCUUGAGAUGCCAGUGUUGUACAAAAGACAAAAGAAUUCAACUAACCUGUGUGGUAGGUCAUUUCAGAGGACAGUUGCAUGACAGAGGAGCCAUUGCUGCGGGUUUGGAAUCACAUUGGCCAGACUGGGUAAAGAGAGAGACUGACAUAGUCUUGACUGCACAAGAGACCACCCAUGGAAUAUUGUGCUGUUUAGUCUCUUGAAGGAAAGAUGGAAAUGUAAUGUGAUCUACUGGAUUGAUUCUCGGGUGAAGGGAUUGCUUGAAUAGACUGUGUAGACUAGGCCCAUAGUACCUGGAGUUCAAAAGAAUUAAGUGAUCCAAUUGAAACAUGUAGAGUUUUUAUUUUAGAAAGAAUGGUUUGACCAUUAUCCUUGGUUGGGAAAUAUAGAACAUGGGGUCAUUAUCUCAGAAUAUGAAAUCAGCCAUUUAAGAUGGAUGAGAAAUUUAUUCACUCAGGAUUACAAAUCAUUGGAAUUCAAGACAGGUGCAUUAACUUUUUAUGCAGUGAAAGAAUUAAGGGAUAUGUGGAAGAUAUGUGAAAGUGGAGUUGAGAUGCAGGGCCACCUGUGUUGGAGUGGCAGAGCAUGUUCAAAGGACCAUUGCUAUAUUUUAUUUUAAUAGAAUGUAGCAGACUUUUAACUCCCUGCAAACAACAUGAUAAUUGCUUUCCCACUAUUACCCAGAUCUUAAGACAGUCAGAAUUUCAUAUUGUAGCAACAAAAUUUACUUGAAUUGCAUAGGAACAUACCAGCAUGCUCCAAAAUCUUCUAAUUAAAGCUUCAAAAGGUUUAGAAUUUCUACCUAUUUUACAUGGGAGGGUUCAUGCUCUCCCUGAGACUGCACUGGAUUUAGGCAAGUCCAAAAUACUUAAGACCAAAGUUUUUAGAGAUUCCAAGAACGUACAGGAAUACUGCUGGAGUUUCACUCAUGGAAUCAGCUCCACUGAUAAUACAAAGGCUUCCCUUUUACCUGUCUGUUCCAGAUCAAUAGUCCCUCUACAACACAGUGGUCUCAAUGUGGUCUUUACUAGCUUCAAAAUCUCCUCACCCCCACCUCAUCCCAUGACUGACCAACCCUCCCCCUCAUCCCCACCUCUUUGACCUGUCUGUCUUCUCUCCCACCUAUCCGCUCCUCCCAUCUCACUGACCAACCCCCACCAUUGCCUACCUGCACACUCUCUCACCUCCCCAGCCCCACUCCUCUUCUCUAUUUAGUUCAGAGAUCCCUAUUCCACACACACCCUUCUGAAGAAGGGUCUUGACCCGAAACGUCAGCUUUCCUGUUCUGAUGCUGGCUGGCCUGUUGUGUUCCUCCAGCUCCACACUGUUAUUUCUGACUCCAGCAUCAGAAGUUCUUAGUAUCCCUGCAUCUAAAUCAAACUGCUGUCAUCUAUUCACUGCUCUGUGAAAUGUCUCAAAUCCACCUCCCUCAGUGUGCUGUAUUUUGUCAUCUAAGGGUCAUGUUGGCUGCAGUAGAAUCACCCAUAUAGGAAAUGUGCUGUCAAUGGUAAGCUAUUGAGAAUUCAGUGUCAGGUCAUAGAGGUCUACAACACAAAAAAAGGUGCUAUAGCCCAUCAUGUCCAUGCUAGCCUAAAACAAGCACCUAACUAUUUUAAUCUCAUUUUCUAGUACUUAGCCAAAAGCUUUGUAUGCCCUGGCAUUACAAGUGCACUUCUAACUAGUAAAAUAUUGAGAGUUUCUGCUCCCACCAUCCUCUUAGGCUGUUAGUUGCAGAUUUUCACCAGUCUCUGGGUGAAAAUAUUUUUCCUCGUAUUCUGUCUAAACUGCCUGCCCCUUAAAUCUGUGCUCCUGGCCCAUUGAUCAUUCCACCAAAUGAAAAAGUUUCUUCCUGUCUUACCCUCAUAAUUUUAUGCAUCUUAAUAUUGAUGCUCUUCAGCCUGCUAUGCCCCAAAUAAAACAAUCUCAGUCGAUUUCAAUCUCUCUACGUAACUUAAACCCUCCAACCCAGGCAACAUCCUAGUAAACCUCCUGUGCAUCCUAUCUAGUGCAGUUAUGAAUGUGUAUUCAAGAACUGCACACAAUACUUUGGGCAUUGUCUCUCUGCUCUUAAAGCCUCUGUCUUGGCUAAUAAAAGCAAGUACCCCAUAUGCCACCUUGGCCAUUUUAUUUACCUAUCUUGCCACUUUAAGAGACCACCGGACAUCCAUACCAAAGUCUCUCUGAUCCUUCGGGCUCCUCGGUGUGCUAACGUUUAUGGUGUAUUCCUUGUGCCUAACUUGUUCUGCUGGAGUGCACCACCUUACACUUAGCCAAAUUGAAUUUCAUCUGACUAGCCCAUCUAUAUUCUCCUGUAAUCCAAGGCUAUCCUCCUCACUAUUUACUACUCCACUACUUUGUAUUUUGUCCAUGACUUGUUGAUCAAUCCCCCUGCUGUGUCCCUGUAUUCAAGUCUAAAUCAUUUAUUAUCACUGUUACUAUAAACAGUGUAUGACCCCACUGAAUACAGGCUUCCAGUCACAAAAACACUUUCUGACCAUCAGACUUUGCUUCCUGUGCCUCUGUCGAUUAUGGAUCCAAUUUGCCAAAUUUUCUUGGAUCCCAUGGGCUCUUAACUUCUCUGUAAGUGUCUCAUAGCAGGACCUUGAAGUCCAAAUAGAUUAUGUCAAGUCAUUGUCCUCAUCUCACACUUGGCCUCCUCUUUUUAAAAAAAAAUAAUCAAUUGGUCAGGCAUGACCUCCGUUUAAUAAUCUAUGCUAACUGUCCUUGAUUCAUCACUGCCUCUCCAAAUGCGGUUUAAUUCUGAGCUUCGGAAUUGCUCCCAGUAGUUUUGCUGCCACUGGUAACAUGCUACCCUGAAAAUGAUUGAUCUUUGGUUACCUGAGCCCCCCUCUAGCAGGAAGUGCAUGUAUCACACUUGAAGUAAUGAAAUAUAUGCUUCCUGUCCUGAAAGAGGCCAACCGUAAACCCUGUUUUGAACAACUGAGUCUCUUGUCAGCAUCUCAAAGGUUGAUAGCAUGCACUCACCAGUAUCAAUGUUACUCCUCAAUUGUGAUUAAGUGCAUUUUUUUGUUUGUUUUGUUUUAAAGUUUUCUUGCAGUUGUGUGUCUGCCUGUGGCGGUGUGUUCUGCGUCUGGGUGGAGAGGCCUGAGGGUUUACUGGGGCCUUUGUGCGCAGGGCUGGCACUAGAAUCUAUUUUCCCUUGAGCAUGGUGUGAAAGUGGUUCAAGUUAUUUUAGGCAGAAUAGGACCUAAUCUCAUUUAUGUGGUACCAGCCAGUUUUACCUGAUCCCAGCAAAAAUUUAUAUUCUGAGGGGCCAACUUUAUGCACAUAGGAGUGUGGCCCUGAAAACCUGGGUGCUAGAAGUGCAUUGGCUGGUAAACUUAGUAUAACUUGUUGACGUACCUUGUACUUGGAAGAGUGAACCUUGCUGUGAAAAUAGGCACGACUGUGUUUUGUGCAGCUUUUAUUUCCUAGCUGGGUAUGAGCAGUGGAUUUGUGGGCAAGGUUAUCCAUUUUUGAGUUUGGCCUUUGAGCUUAUUGGAAAAUCUAUUUUAAUAGAGGUGCAGACGGGAAGAGCUUUCCAUUUGCUGAGACAAAGCCCCAUUUUCCCCAGAGUGGGAGGAAGCCUGUGAGGCCGUUGCAGCUGUACGUGCUUUUGGAAUGGAUGUUUAGUGGUGGCAGGAGCUGUUCCUGAUUGAGCUUGCUGCAGUCAUGGUGAUAGCAAAUGGCUUAGGCACUCCUGGCUCAGGAGCUUUUAAAGUUAUUUCCAUUAUUGCCCCGGUGAUCCUCAAUGUAUAAGUCACAGCCUGUUUUAACUCUAGCUACUGCUGCUAAAAUGGUACCCUGGGUAUUGACCCAUCUUCCUGGUCUUUCUGUUGCCAGGUUGGAAUCUUAGGUGCUCGGCAGUCCUGAACGAAAUGGCCAGUUAUAGCUGGGGGUUUGUGGGAGUUCCUACUUUCUGGGGGAAAGAGACUCAUGGGAGGGUAUUAUUGUUUCGUUUCCUGUAGUUUAUUUCAGCAUGUCUCCUUGCUCGUCCAUGCUGGAGAUGGGAUGUGAUUGUGUGGAAGGCACUUAUGCAGACUGUUUGCUUCACCUUGUUCUGUUACUUAAGUUUUCUGUCCCACACUAGGACUAGUUUUUGAGAGCCCAGGCAUCAGCAUGUUGGGUGUUUGCCGGGUCAAAUGCCUCACGUGCAUGGUUUCAGCUCUCAGUAGCGUGAGUAUGUCCCCAGUUUACUUGCUGUUGAUCAGUGAGUUGGGAUUUAUCCAUAUCCCUGAAUAACCGGGUGAUUUGGAGCCACAGCUGGCAGGCAAAGGAGGUGGGAUAAUCCCCCUUUUGUUGGCGGCGCUUAUGCAAACAAGCCAUGGGAUUCCCACAUCAUGGCUAAUGGUGGCUAAGUCGGCUGUCUUCGUUUAUUCCAUUCUGCUACCAGUAGCUUGUGGAAGCAGGAGAGCUGAAUGUUCUGUGGCACUGAGUUACAUAAUGACCAGCGUGGUUUGUCCCUCCUCAACUAAACCAUGCAAUAGCCCUUGCUGAUAAAUCUCAAAGGAGUAUGGGUCAGAAGUAGCAUCAAAAGCAGUGUGUACCUUAGUGGUGUUGGCCAAUUGGAUAUUGGACCAGGAGUUUAUAUAGAUAAAAACCAAAAGAACUGCGGAUGCUGUAAAUCAGGAACAAAAACAAAGUUGCUGGAAAAGCUCAGUAGGUCCAGCAGCAUCUGUGGAGGAGAAAGCAGAGUUAACAUUUUGGGUGUGGUGAUCCUUCCUCAGAACUGAACUGUUAUGUUUAUAUAGAUAACCUGGUCUUGGACAUUUCUGCGCCAGGUCUUCAUUGUUCUUGGGGCAGGGGAGGAGGUUGAUGGGCCUGUAGCUUUGAGGAAGGGCAGUGGGUGUUCCCAUAUGUUCCUUCCUGCUGGAUGUAUAUGGACCUGUGUUGAUCCCGUCUUGUCUGACACUUCACUGUCUCCUGUGUUGUCACUUGCCCAAAGACACACUUUAUGCUGUUACUGUCCGAUUAACUGGUUCUCUAGAUUUCUGUAUCCUUAGGUACUUUGUGUGUUUCCCAGUUGUACCAAUUUUGACCUUUCCUGUAUUACAAUUGUACAACACUCUUACUACAGCUCUUUACAUUGCUGUUGUAGACUAUCAAUAUAAGCCUGGGCUGCUUACUGGUCUUUGACUGCCCAUCAUUCAUCUGAAUAGGCCUUUUCAUAUUGGGAUUGGAAUUGACCCAUGUGGAUUAGACUUUCCUAUAUUCUGGUGUCCUGCUGUUUAACGACAAGUUUUAACUUUUCCAGGUCAUCAGUAGUGAUUUCCAAUUGCUCCCACUGUGAUCUAAUCUGUUAGUCGGCACGGGAAUCUUGCAGGAUGCUGUUAUCGCUGUAGGUUUGGUUAUUUUUAGUGGUGUUCUUUUCUAAUUUAUGUAUUUCUUGCAUGCGCCUUUGACCAUGGGACCCGCAGUUCAGGGCCAAUCUGAGUUGCUACAGAAUUCUGUCAAUUUGAGUGCCCUUAUGUUGGAAAUUUGUUCCACUUUGCUAGUGAGCAUAUUGCAAGGUCCUUUACUUGAUUUCCCUUCCAUGUUAUUAAAGGAUGGGAAGUGGCUAUGUUUGGGAUAAAGCUUCAGAAAAGCUCUUGUUGCAACUUCUCUUAGUCUAAGAUGUGCAGAACUACAGCAUGGUGACUCCUUUUAACAUUUUAGUAGUUUAUAGUGGCCUGACUGUAGAAUCUCCUGCAGCUGUGUAUUCCAGCUUUCCCUGGGUCACUGACUCAAUAUUUGGUGCUUGUUCCAGGUACUGUUUCAACACCUCAAGGUCAUUUUGAUCGGCAGAGUGGAAUAUGUAAGAUUGUUGUUAGCUUUCCACAUCUCUCCGGUUCCCACACAAGAGGAAACAUCUGACUCCUUCUAUGUUGACUUCCUCAGAGUCCUUCUAUACCCUGCUACCUUUUUCCAGCUUGUGCUUUGCUCAACUGAUGGAGUUUCUGAUCAGCUGCCUGUAUCCUAAGUUACUCACUUGAAUCCUGGCUUUCAUGUGGGAUAUUUACCCUCUUAGUCAUCCCUCAGGAGAGGGCAGGGGAGGAAGGCUCUUUGUGUGAUUGGAGCCCAGUCUGCAGUGGUGUGUCUGGAAUCGGUGCUGGGUCCCAUAUUGUUUGUGACAUUCAUAAGUGAUGUAGAUGAGAAUGUGGGAGGGACGAUAACUAAGUCUGCGGAUGACAUGAAGAUUGCCUGAUGGUUGACAGUGAGGAAGAAGGUAUUACAUUUGGAAGCUGUAAACAGACUGGCAAGAUGGGAAGAUCUAUGGCAGAUGGAAUUUAACUCUAAGUGUGAAGCGAUGCACAUUUGAUGACGGAAGACAAGGGAGUUCUCGACGAAUGGCAGGACACUAUGAAACUCGGAGAAAAGUAGGUCUUAGGGUGCUUGUCCACAGAUCCCUGAAGGUGGUAGGAGAGAUUAAUAAAGUAGUUAAUGAAGGCAUACAGAAUGCUUGCCUUUAUCAAUCAUGGCAUAGUUAACAAGAGCAGGGAGGUCAUGUUGGAGAAGCAUAGGACUUUGGUUCGGCUGCAACUGGUGUACUAUGUGCAGUUCUGGCCAUCACAUUGUAGGAAGGAUGAGAUUGUAAUGGAGGGAAUACAAAGGAGAUUCACCAAGAUGUUGCCUGAAAUGGAGCAUUUCACCUAUUAAGUCAAUCUGGAUAAACUGAGAUUAUUUUCUUUAGAGUAAAGUGGAUUGAGGGGCAGGUCCUGAUAGAGGUGUAUAAGACUGAGGGGCAUGGACAGGGUGACUAGAAAGUAGUUGCAACUCUUCGUUGAAGGAUCAAUCACAAGGGGCAUAAUUUUAAAGUGAAAAUUGAAGUUUGGGGGAACUUGAGGAAAACUGUUUUUUGUUCAGAGGAUGGUGGGGCCUAGAAUGCACUGUCUGGAAGAGUAGUUGAGAUAGGAAUUCUCAAACUUUUUUAGAAGUUCAUGAAUGAGCACUUAAAGUAUCAUAACAUUCAAGGCUAUAAGCCUAGUGUGGGAACGGACUAAUGUAAGUGGUAGUAUGUUUUUGGCAGUAGUCUUGAUGGGCUGGAGGGCCUCUUCUCUACCAAAAGAUUCUAUAACUCUUUCAGGCUAACAGAUUAUGACAUGUCCUCAAACCUGGCCUCCUUCAGGAUAAUCAUUGUGGCAUGCUCACUGGCUGUAAAGAUAAACUGUGCGGCUUAAUGAUCAGACCUGAAUGCAGCAAUAAGUAAAUAGUCCGAUCAAGUCAUUGUCAGCUUCACCGUUAACAGCCUCUGUUACGUUCAUUAGAAAUGCAACUCACAAUUGUUUGUUUUUAUGCCUUUUUUUCCUUCUCUGCGAUGACUGGACAUUGUAAGCACUGAGUUUACCACCCAUCCCAGAUUAUGCUCACAUAUACUUCAAUUUAUUCACUGAGUAACUGUCUCAUUUUUGUUCCUGACAUAUAUAGUAUCUUUUCCCCUCACAUGCACAAGCCCAUCAAUCAUAGCUCUGCUCAGUUUAAAAAAAACUUUAUUGACGUCAUUCUGUAGUUCCUUAGCUACUUCAUUAAGACUUGCGUGGUGCCUUUCCAUGCCUCAAUUUAAUUUCACCUACAAAGUUAACAACCUCUUAUUUGUGUCAAAUCCAGAUAAUUUAUAUAGAUUACAAACUGUAGGAGGCCUGGUUCUAAUUACCCUCAGUGUGUUCAGUACAGCUCCCUAACCUGACAUCAGUAAGUGGGAAUGGCAGUAAAUGUGUCGAUUUGCUAUAAUUUAUGGGUCCAGCCAAGUAUGGUUAACAGCAGGGUAUUCUUCACUGCAGCUGCUAAUUGAAGUUGCUUUUUGCUGAGAACUGGUCUUAUUCAAGGACUCAUCCACAAAAUGUCAAGUUUUUUUUGUGUUUGCAUUUUGCACACCCCAGAUGUCAGAGUGAAAAGAAGUUCUUGGAUUGCAGUGACAUUCUACCUGUUGUACUGUUCGUCAUUUAAUUCCAGGAGCAGUAAACAAUAAAUUAUCUUGCUAUUAUCAAUCUGCAGUCUGUGGAUCUUGCAUUGUAAAAGCUGGUUGCUGUGUUUUCUCCAGAAGCUAAGUUUUGGAUCCCAAUAUUAGUCUCAUGGACAGUCACAUUCUCCUGCCACUGAUCACUCACUUGAUAUAUAAUUCUUCAAGGGUGUCUGUGACUAUCUGCUGACUCAAUGUCCAGACAGAUCUCCCCUCUCUGAUGUGGCACGGUGUCCACAGCUUGGCCAUCAACUUUGAGCUGCAGUUCCUUGACCAGCCAAUACUUCCUGCAAAUGUAGUCGCUGGAUCGCACUGGGUCCACCAACUCCAACAUAAUAAAGCUGCAAUAUAUUGUUUACCAAAAUUUCCAAUGAAUUUGUAAGUUAAAUAUUUUCAAAAAUAUAAUGUCCUAACUAUUCUUCAGCACUGGUAGCAGUUCUUAAUUCCUGAGUACCCAAUACUCACCUGUUACCUUGUCAUGUCAUACUGUGGUCAGAUAGGUAGAAAUAGGUGAAGAGACUAUGCCAAUGUUUACUUUAUUUCCCACUACCACUGCCCCUCAUACAGAUCCUGCAGGCCCGAUCUGCUUCAGGGAUGCUGACCUUGUUGCAUGCUUCCCCCGGCCUGUUUCAUGGCGAUGCUGACCUGCUGCACGCUCGCCCCGGUCUGCUUCAUGGCGAUGCUGACGAUCAACCUGCUAGUCCCAGUCUGUUGCACGGCCCUCCCAACCUGCUUCACGGCGAUGCUGACCCGCUGCAUGCUCCUCCCGGUCGGUGAAGCUGUCAUUGUUGCAUGUUUCUCCCAGUUGUAUUUCCAACGCUUCCAAGGUGCUUCAUUUGCUCUGCAAUGGUGCUGUAUAAAUGCCAAUCUUUCUCUUAUCUAAGCAUUAUAUAACACGAAAACCGAUUCACCAUUUGUUUGAAUAGUCACCCCUGUGCUAGCUAUGGGAGAAUGUUAACACUAGAAAAGACAUUAUUUUUAUGAUCUGUUACCCAUAAGGGUUUAUUUAGGAAAUCAAUAUGUCUAUGUGAUUUGUUUGAGCAAUGUACAUCUUGAACUAUACCUUUCUUGAAGCAUUGAAAGAAAGUCUAAUUUGUACUAA